CGUCCUCCUCGUUAGUUCUGGGAAUCUCUCUCUCUCUCUCUCUCUCUCUCCCUCUCUCUCUCUCUGCGGCGACGCCUCCCUCGAACGCAAACCCUAAUCGACCUCAAAACAAUGUAUGAUAAUCUGGGCAAUCAGGCUGGGGUGCAGAGACCCCCAACAGCUCCUCAACCAAACCCAUUUGGCAAUGCAUUUUAUGGUGCAGGGUCAGGUUUCAUUAGAACUGGCUUGGGAGCAUAUGGAGAAAAAUGGUUGGGUUCGAGCUCCGAGUUCAUGCAAAGCAAUAUUAGCACAUACUUCUCCAACCCUCAGUAUUAUUUUCAAGUGAACGAUCAAUAUGUGCGGAACAAGUUGAAAGUGGUUUUGUUUCCGUUCCUACAUAAGGGGCACUGGACGAGGAUAACUGAGCCUGUUGGAGGAAGGCUCUCUUAUAAACCUCCAAUUUAUGACAUAAAUGCUCCAGACCUGUACAUCCCUUUCAUGGCGUUUGGUACUUAUGUUAUUCUUGCGGGCUUCUCCCUAGGUUUCUUGGGAAAGUUCAGUCCAGAAGCCCUAAGCCUACAGUUCACGAGGGGACUAGCUGGAUGGCUUAUACAAAUCGCGUUACUGAAGGGACUUCUCUAUUCGAUGGGCGGCGGGGAGGCACCUCUGCUCGACAUUGCGGCGUACGGCGGGUACUUGUUCACGGGUGUCUGCCUAUCCAUCAUAUCUAGGCUCUUGUGGAGUCACUGCUAUUACUUCUUGCUGCCUUGGACGAGUAUCUGCAUGGGGAUGUUCCUGGUGAAAACCAUGAAGAGGGUACUGUUCACCGAGAUGAGGAGCUACGAUCGGCAUUCCAGCAGGCAGCACUAUCUGCUGCUGUUCAUGGCGAUCGCGCAGAUCCCUCUUUUCUUCUGGCUUGGUAAUAUAGGAGCGUGAUCCAUCUGAACUAUGGUAUGUCGUUGUAAGGAUGAUCAGCGUGUUCAAUUUGUAGGUACAUGUAGCAAAAAUUGCUCGAAAAAAUUGACAUGAUUACACUUGUUUUUGUGUGCGUCAUAGAAUGUUCAUGGUUGCCCGAUGUGUGAUAAAAAUGUUGAAGUAAUUACACACGCCUGUAGCUGAAGAUGAGGUAAUUUUGUUUAUUCUUCUAGGUUUUUUUUUUUUUCAUUUCUUUUCAUUUUGUGGUGUGAAAGUUAAAACAAUUUAAUAUUCUUUUCAUUUUUUUUCCUUCUCUUAAAGGAAAACUAGCAUAUUUAAUUUGUGCAGAUGCGUUCUGUUUGGUUUUCGGGGAUUGGCUAGUAACAAACACUAUUUGUUUUAA